GAAGCUUCUCUGAGAUGUGAUAAUAAAGACAGUAAAUGUGUUUAGAACAGCGCGCGGUUCAGCAGUCUGAAUGAAUGAAGCGGGUUCUAUCAGGAGCAGACCAUGUCGUGGAUCAGAGAAGGUGAAUUAAACCUGCUUGAAAAGAUUUCAGCCAAUAUCCUGAAGGCUGGACCCAUGCCUAAACAUGUGGCCUUCAUCAUGGAUGGUAACCGCCGCUUUGCACGCAAGAAAAACAUGGAGCGCCAGGAAGGGCAUAUGCAGGGCUUCAACAAGCUGGCAGAGACCUUACGUUGGUGUAAGCAUCUGAACAUCCAAGAGGUCACCGUGUACGCCUUCAGCAUCGAGAACUUCAAGCGCAAUAAAAACGAGGUGGAGGGGCUGAUGGAGCUCGCCAGGCAGAAGUUUGAAAAGCUGUUGGAGGAACGGGACAAUCUGGAGAAGCAUGGUGUGUGUAUCCGGGUGCUCGGCGACUUGAACAUGCUGCCACUCGACCUUCAGCAGCUCAUUGCCAAAGCUGUGAUCACAACCAAGGCGCACAAUAAAUGUUUCCUGAAUGUGUGCUUUGCCUACACAUCAAGAUAUGAAAUCACCAACGCAGUCAGAGAAAUGGCUUGGGGAGUGGAGCAGGGCCUGAUCAAAGCAAGUGAUGUUUCAGAGGCGUUGCUAAGUGAGUGUUUGUACAGCAAUAGUUCUCCCAAUCCUGAUCUGCUCAUCCGCACCUCUGGAGAGGUGCGACUCAGCGACUUCCUUCUUUGGCAGACUUCCCACUCCUGUCUAGUGUUUCAGUCGGUUCUGUGGCCGGAGUACUCCUUCUGGAACCUGUGUGAAGCCAUCCUCCAAUAUCAGUUAAAUCACAAAGCCAUUCAGAAAGCCAGAGACCUCCAUCGAGAGCAUCAGACCUUCCAGCAGCUGGAGGCGGAUCGCACCUGCGUAGCGGAGCACCUGCAGCAUCAUGGGAACGGAAAGCCUGCCGACGCCCAGAGAAGACAAGAGGCACUGCUGCUCUACACCACCUGCCGGGAAGAACGGAUUCAGGACUUCCUAGACGCACUGAAGCACAAGAGAGACUCUUACUUUAAUGACCUAUGGAGCGACGCCGUCUUGGCCUAGGAAGGCUCCGAGGGAGAAAAGAAACCCAUGUUGAAAUGGGGAUGAAACCUCUCCUGUCCUCUUCCCAAAAGGGCUUCUGUGGCAAAGGGAAGAGUGAACAGUAACUGGGAAUGGUUUCAUUGGGUUACUGAUUUGUACAAAACGAGAGGGCAAUUUUACCCCUAUGGGGCUGUAGAAUAAUUGAUAUUUAUGAUUGUAGAUUUAAAAAAAAAAAAAAACUCUAAUACGUGGAAAUGUCUGGUCAAGAUGUAGUUAAGUAACUGUGUAAAUUGUCGGUCAAAUGCAUGCCAUUGAUUGGAAAUUAUAUGAGUGAAAGCCAGGGGAACGUUCCCAAAGCAGCCGUCCAGAUUUAUAUAAGUCAGUGCAGUUUUGCAGUUUUGCAGUUUCGUUGUGGCCCAAAGAAAGUGUUGUUUGUUGAGUGUGAUGUUGAUGACAUAACUAGAUUUUGACCAGCUUUCUUUAACAGAAUAAAGUGAUCAAUGUAUGUCAGAUAUGACUAAAUGAUGUACGAUUCAGUCCUUUGUACUUAACGUAUCACAUGUCAAUAUUAUGGCUGUCUUCAGUUCUUGCCUUCAUCUGGCUUUUUGAUAUGUUGGUAUGUAAUGUCUUAACAUGUGCAUCAGAAAAAAAUAUCACUUUUCUAAGGUCCAUGCUGCUGACGAAGAACAUCUCAACCAUUACUGAUUACUGAAGCCUUUAUAUAUACAGCCAUAUCAUCGAAACCUUUCAUUUCUACUAGUAACUGUUGGAUAAGUAUUGGACCUCUCCACUAAUUGAUCCAGGUUAAAUCAAGAAAUUCAUUGCAUAUAUUAAAUCAGUAUGAUUGUGUACAUAGUUGCUAUUUUGUUUUAAAGCAAAUAUUUAGCCAAUAGUUGUAAUGUUGUAGUGCAUAUAUAAAGGUGGGUAAACUAUGACUCCCAUUCAGCGAUUCUAACACAAGUAAAGAAACACAAAUAUUUUUCAA